CAAAUGUAUUCAUUGUUAUUCCGAUCACUUUCGUCUUAUUUAUACGAGACAUGGGAUCGAUAUUUUCUAAUAAAGAACGAGUAGAUCCAAAAAUCAUUUUGAUUACAGGUGCAAGCUCUGGUAUAGGAGAAUCUCUUGCAAAAGAGUAUGCGAAACCUGGAAAUAUUUUAGGUCUUUUGGCUCGAAACGAAGAAAAAUUAAACAAAGUAGCCAGAGUUUGCGAAGAAAAGGGAGCAAAAUGUGAGAUUUUGAAAAUUGAUAUUUCAAAUAUCGAGGCUUUAACAAAUGCUUUAGAAAAUUUCGACGACAAAUAUCCCAUCGACUUGUUAUUUGCUAACGCUGGUCAACUAGCUGCUACAAGGGAUAAUUUUGGUAAAUUCGAAUGGGAAGACUCAUAUAAACCUUAUAUUGACGUGAAUUAUACUGGGAAUAUUGCUAGUAUAAUGACGGUUUAUAAACGAAUGAAAGUACGAAGGCGUGGUCAAAUCGCAAUUACCUCUUCAAUUGCCGGAUGGUUAAGUACACCAAUGACAGCAUUUUAUAGUUCCAUGAAAGCAGCAAUAAAUUCAUUCGCACGUGAUCUACAUUACAUUGCUAAACCGUAUAACAUUCACGUGUCACUUAUAGUGCCAGGAUUCAUUAGAACGGAAAUGACGACAAAUCCCAAUCAACCAUUUUCCCAUAACCCUCGUUAUUAUGAAAGUUCUGAUAAUUUGGCAAAGAUCAUCAAACAACAAUUAUCUUAUAAUGUGUUUCAAAUUUGUUGGCCUUAUAUGCAAUAUUUAAUACCUUUUACUAUGACCACUUAUCCCACUAGAAUUCAAUUAUUAUUAUCUAGCCUUUUAGCAUUCAAAAAGAAAGUUCAAAAUAUGAAGUGUACUAAUUGUAAAGUUGAUAAAUUAUCUCAAGAAUUUCCACCAGAUGUUAUUAGUAAAAAUUGUUUUCAUGUCCCUAAUUUUUGCUUAAGGUGUGUAAUAGAACAUUUAUGUGUUCAAAAACAGAAUGAAGCGCAACAAACUUGUCCCGAAUGUGAGGCAAUUCUUUCAAUUGAAGAAUUUGAAGAUUUAGAUUUAGCGUGGGAAAAGGCUCCAUUUCGAAUUCAUAUUGAGAAAAUAUCGGAACCGGAACCAACUACAGAAUAUACACAAAAUGGAAAUGAUUUGAAAGGGGAUUUUUAUAUAGUUUUGUUGAAUGGUACUAAAUUAAAAUUUGGUUUGGAAAGUAUUAAGAACGUUUUAUCUUUAAAAGAAGCCAUAAAUAAACAAACUACUAUUGAAAUCGAUAAACAAAAGUUGAUUUAUAAAGGAGUUGAAUUACAAACAUAUUCAACUCAUGGGAAAACUCCAAGACAAUUGUCCGAAUAUUCAAUUGUAGCUGAGUGCCAUAUUCAACUUUUAGUUCUAUUGUAUUCAAUUUCAAAAGAACUAUCCAUAAACGCAUUAACGUUUGACUUGUUUUGGGAAUAUCCAAGAGAUAAAAGACGUGACUUUUUGGAUGGUACGUGUUUGAUUUAUACAGAUACUGGAUCAAACAGCCAUAUUUUUGAUUAUAAAAGGAAAACUUUGGUUGAUAUUCCCAGUAUGGAUCAUUCUGGUGAUGUCGUAAAUGAUGCUGCAAGGAGAGGACAUCAUCGUAUAACAGCAAAUUUAGCUGAGAUGCCAUCAAAUGUAACGAAAUUAUAUUUCGUUUUGAGCUCUUGGUCAUCACCAAAUAUUGGUUGCUUUCCGAAUCCCUCCUUUAAAAUGUUUGAUCCUUCAAAUCCUAAUGUACAACUAUGUUCUUAUUCUAUAAGUUCUGCUGCUUCUUCGCGAGCUGUUAUUAUGUGCGUAGUUUCCAAAAAUCGCGAAGGUUAUUGGAAUGUAUUUGAAGUUGGUAAAUUAUCAGACGGUAACGCACGUAAUUAUGCUCCAAUCAAUCAUACCAUAAUGAAUAUGGAUCAAUUCUUUUCAUGA